GAUAAUUUAAUUUACAUUAAACAUUGAUUAAGACAAUUGAAGUUCAUUUGUCAAGUGAUCUAAUAACAGAAAGGUGCUCCCAGCGGCUUCAGUCACUCUGCAACCGGUAAAUAGGAGGCCAUACAAUGCUGUACCCAUUUUCAUAGAAGAGAGACCAAGCAACAUUUGAAAAUUAAAAGAAGUGAUCGAGUAUAAACUAGAAGAACUUUAAUGAAGAUCUCAAAAUGGACGGCACAUACGACGAAAUCAUCUCCGAUAAUCCAUUCUUUGUUGAACUGAAAAACGAAUACGCAAACUUGUUUCAGCACUGUAUAACACAGUCAUGGAUUAUUUGCGUGCCUAGAAUAGGAAGUUUGAACACUCGGGUCUUCACAGUGGAAGACUUCUGUGCCCAUAUUUUGGUUCCAAGCGAAGAACUUCCAGAGACACACUAUAGCACUCUGAAAGAGAAACAAGUGACUGUCACCAACAAGGUCAUCACCCUAGAAGUGACUAAAGCUCUUCCUUUACAGAGCCACAUAUUGUUUGAAGAAACGUUUUACACAGAAGACUUCUUUAAAUACAAGGUUUGGUGUAUAGAAAGCCCACUAGAACCAACUACAGCAAGUGAUGACAAUGCAAUUGCUAAGGAAUAUUUAACAUCAAUAAAUAACUGCAUUGAUUUACUGUGGACUCAAGCCGCAGGUCGGCAAGUGUUAGACCAAAUAGAACAGAAUGUACAGCAAUUCAUAAAGAAACAUCCAACUUUGCCUGUAGCUAUUGCACCUCUUCGAGAUUUGGUGAGUGAGCUAUACACCCAGUGCCUUCAAACAGUACUACAAAAUCGUAGGAUUAGAGAGAAAUCUAAAUCAUGUAAGCAGAUACUAGAAAAUGUCAAACUCGCUGUUGAAUGCUACAUGCAACAUUUGUUAUUCAACCAUUUGUUCAAACCUAUUUGUACAUGUUGUGCUUAUGAGGACUCACAUCUAAACAAGAAAAUAAGAAAUAUGAGUGACAUACAACUGAGGGAUUUAGACAUCAAUAAAGACUUGUACCCUGCCGUACCAAAAGCAAAGCAGAUUCUUUCAAAAAUUGACUCUUAUAAUACUGUGUUGGAAAAGAUUUUGUGUGUUAAACAGGCUCUCAAUGCAAUCAACAAGAAAGAUAGUAGUAACAAUGUUGUACUUCUAACUGCAGAUGACAUGUUACCUGUUUUUGUAUUUCUCGUUAUAAAAUCAGGUUUGCCAAACUGGUAUAGUCAGCUGAUGUACAUGAAAGAGUUCCGGUUUAGCGGCAUUGGCAAAGGGGACGGUGAUGAGGGUGCCUUCCUUAUAACCACUUUAGAAGCUGUUAUAGAACACAUUCAGUCAGGAGCCUUAGGAGGCCCACCAGACCCUGAAGCCUAUUACUAUGAAAGCAAUCUUACAGAGGAUAACCUUAAGGAUGGGAAACCUAGAAGAGGAAGCUUAACAGAAUCAAUUUCAACAUCAGAUACUACUGGUGGGGAUGAAACAUUAGAAUACAUAUUUGAACUCAUCAAAAUAAAUCAUGCAGAUCAAAUAAGAGUCAUAUUGGAAAGGAAUGAGAAAAAUCUACAAAAGCUGCACAGGAAUGAAAACAGUGUUUUCAACAAAAUGUUAGAGACUGACUUUAGCAGUGAGGAGGAUAGUGAUGCUGAUAAUGAAGUUGAUGAAACACAAGUUUACCAAAAACUUUGUCACCCAUUAUGCAGUUGUAAGAAAUGUUGCCACAAAUUAUCUAAAAGGUUGUUGAAAUCUUCACCUACUGUUACAUCUAGAGAUAGCCAUGGCCUGACCCCUUUACAUGUAGCCUGCAUUCAUGGAAAGGCAGCAGUGGUUGAGCUAUUAAUUGAAAUGAAUGCAGAGGUUAAUGCUACAGAUCUCAAUGAAUGCACGCCACUUCACUAUGCUGCAUCUAGAGGGCACCAGAAUGCUUUGCUGUUGCUAGUUCAUUCAGGUGCCAAUGUGAAUCAAGCUAACAUAGACAAAAAUACGCCACUGCAUUUGGCUGUUAACAAUGGCCACAUAAACUGUGUGAAAGCUUUAAUAUACUUUUCUGAGCACAGCAGGAAGAAGAUUAACGUAAACUGUGCUAGUCAAAAUGGCAACACACCUUUGCAUCUUGCGUCAAAGUGGGGUUACGAAGGCAUAGCUAAGCUUCUCAUAGAAAAUGGUGCAGAGCCAUCCUUGCAGAAUCGCUUUAACAAAACAGCCUUUGAUUAUGCACAUAACCUGAGGAUACUUAAAGUUUUAAAAACUUGUACUCCUAGCUUGUAUGAAUACAUACACAUAAGCAGCCCCAACAUAAAACCACUGGAAUGUAAACCUGACCAUGAGAUAAAUAAGAAAUUAACUACUGUGAAUAAUAAUCAAUCUGAUCAUGCAUCAAAGACGGUUCAAAAUCUUAAAACACUUGAGAAAAUAUCAAAAGCCAUUUCAUAUGCUGAUGUAAAGCUGGCUUGUUUCUACAUGAAUAUUAACUAUGAGGAUUAUACAGACAACAAUAGUAAUGUUGCUAUCAGUAUCACCAAUGCAGCAUUUUGCCAUCCGCUAUGCGAGUGUGAAAACUGUAAAACUAAGACUUCACCAGCAAAAUCCUUGUAUGACGUAAAUUUUGCAGACUCAAAUGGAUUUACUGCGCUCCAUCAUGCUGCUCGCUGUGGAUUAGACGAACUUUGCGACAUAUUGAUCCUAAACAAUGCCAAUGUAAACUGUGCCAAUAAGAAAGGUCAGACGCCUCUGCACUUAGCAGCUUUAAACAAUAAGAUCAUAGUGAUCCGUACACUCCUCAAUAACGGCGCGAACGUGAAUGCCACCGACUGGACUGGCAACACUCCGUUGCAUGACGCUAGCCACCAGGGGAACAUUGGUGCUGUCAAAGUUCUCAUCAGCUUUAAUCCUGAUGUAUCAAUAUGCAACCGUUCUGAGAAAACUGCCUUGGACACUGCCAAAGAGAAAGUCUAUCUUACUAUUAUUGAUUUGAUUGAGAAGUAUGCUAAAACUUAAGACUUGAAUAA